AUGUUUAUUGUUUUUGCAGCAGCAUUCUAAUUAUCUACAAGAAUCACUUAGGAUUUUAAAAUGCCAAUAUUACAUUCAGAUCAAGUUAAUCCCUGGUUUUUAGAUGAUCAAAACCAAAAUGAAGCUUUUAUUGAUUGGGAAGGAAAUCAAGUGCGAUAAUUUCACACAUUUAAUGAAAGUAAAAAAAUCUUGUAUUUUAUAUAGAUCAAUUUCCAAUUAAUGUAACACUGAGAAUUUCAACAUAAUCUGAAUUUUACCCUUUUAUUUAGGAAAGUCUUCAGCUAAGAUUUCCAGAAGUAGAUGAAAUUACAUUUACUUUAUUACCAAAAUAAUCUUAUUAAUUAGCAAUUGAAUAUAAUUGCACUCAACAUAAUGAAGGAAUCCAAUAAAUUGAUUUAAUUUUUAUGGAAUAAACAUUUAAGAAUAAUCCUUAAUAUUUAGAUGAGUUAAAUUAGAUUAGUGUUAGGUAUUAUAAAUAUUGCUAAAACCCUCACACAGCCCUAAUUGAUUUUAAGAAUAUACUCGUAGUAAUUUUGAUAUAUAUUACUACGACUUGUAGCUCACUUUUUUGUAUUAGAAAAGUUUUUACAUAAUUUGAAUUUACUCCAACUAAGUAAUUAUUGACACUUUUAUUGUUUCCUGCUAUUGGAUCAUUAUUAGAUUAUCCAAAAAUAAUAUCAUUUUUUCUCGCUUUUAUAGUGCUAUGCGAUUUCAUUUAUUAUGCCUCAAAAUCAUCAAUUAUUAGCAUAAUAGUAUCCUUCAUUAUCUUAUAUUUUCAACACUAUAUUUUUGAGUCUGCUCAAAUUGAAUAAGUUUUCUUUUAUGAUGUAUUUCGUCAAAUACUUCCGUGUAUUAUUACAAUUAUAUUGCUUAUUUAAGUUAAUCGAGUAAUUAUAGAAUUAAAUUUAGCGCAUAAUCAUUGCCAAUAAAUUUUAACUAUUUUUAUUUUUUUGCAUUAUUUGGCUAACUGAAAUUUAUUCUCUGGUUCAUAGAACACAAGUUGAUAAACAUUUACUAAUUCAGAAUCCCUAAGAGAUGUCUGGUUUUAUAAAAACAAAGUUUUCAUUUUUAAUUGCAAACGAACAUACCUUAUGGCAAUAAAAGUAAUAAUUUGAAACUAGUUAGAAAUAUUGAUAUCCAUUUAUAUUAAAUAAUCGGGUUAUCUUUAAUACAAUCUUUCAUUUUUCGACAUGGACUAUUCAAUAAAGAACAUAUUGUAAAUAUUAUCAUUGUUGGUAUAACCUAAUUUACUGGAUUGAUAUUGUUUGAUCUGCUGUAUCGCUAUAAGCACAAUCCUCCGUUCUUAACACUGAUUACUGGAUUUAUUUUGCUUGGAAUGAUGUUAAACUAUUUAAGAACUGGUUCAGGAUUGAGAAAUCCUUAUCUUGAAUUUGAGUCAAUAGAAGAGAAAAUUAAGAUAUGAGUUUAAUUAUCUGAAAAAAAAAAUUAUAAUAUUAAUAAUAAUAAUAUUUGAUGUGAAUAAUNAAGCUUUUAUUGAUUGGGAAGGAAAUCAAGUGCGAUAAUUUCACACAUUUAAUGAAAGUAAAAAAAUCUUGUAUUUUAUAUAGAUCAAUUUCCAAUUAAUGUAACACUGAGAAUUUCAACAUAAUCUGAAUUUUACCCUUUUAUUUAGGAAAGUCUUCAGCUAAGAUUUCCAGAAGUAGAUGAAAUUACAUUUACUUUAUUACCAAAAUAAUCUUAUUAAUUAGCAAUUGAAUAUAAUUGCACUCAACAUAAUGAAGGAAUCCAAUAAAUUGAUUUAAUUUUUAUGGAAUAAACAUUUAAGAAUAAUCCUUAAUAUUUAGAUGAGUUAAAUUAGAUUAGUGUUAGGUAUUAUAAAUAUUGCUAAAACCCUCACACAGCCCUAAUUGAUUUUAAGAAUAUACUCGUAGUAAUUUUGAUAUAUAUUACUACGACUUGUAGCUCACUUUUUUGUAUUAGAAAAGUUUUUACAUAAUUUGAAUUUACUCCAACUAAGUAAUUAUUGACACUUUUAUUGUUUCCUGCUAUUGGAUCAUUAUUAGAUUAUCCAAAAAUAAUAUCAUUUUUUCUCGCUUUUAUAGUGCUAUGCGAUUUCAUUUAUUAUGCCUCAAAAUCAUCAAUUAUUAGCAUAAUAGUAUCCUUCAUUAUCUUAUAUUUUCAACACUAUAUUUUUGAGUCUGCUCAAAUUGAAUAAGUUUUCUUUUAUGAUGUAUUUCGUCAAAUACUUCCGUGUAUUAUUACAAUUAUAUUGCUUAUUUAAGUUAAUCGAGUAAUUAUAGAAUUAAAUUUAGCGCAUAAUCAUUGCCAAUAAAUUUUAACUAUUUUUAUUUUUUUGCAUUAUUUGGCUAACUGAAAUUUAUUCUCUGGUUCAUAGAACACAAGUUGAUAAACAUUUACUAAUUCAGAAUCCCUAAGAGAUGUCUGGUUUUAUAAAAACAAAGUUUUCAUUUUUAAUUGCAAACGAACAUACCUUAUGGCAAUAAAAGUAAUAAUUUGAAACUAGUUAGAAAUAUUGAUAUCCAUUUAUAUUAAAUAAUCGGGUUAUCUUUAAUACAAUCUUUCAUUUUUCGACAUGGACUAUUCAAUAAAGAACAUAUUGUAAAUAUUAUCAUUGUUGGUAUAACCUAAUUUACUGGAUUGAUAUUGUUUGAUCUGCUGUAUCGCUAUAAGCACAAUCCUCCGUUCUUAACACUGAUUACUGGAUUUAUUUUGCUUGGAAUGAUGUUAAACUAUUUAAGAACUGGUUCAGGAUUGAGAAAUCCUUAUCUUGAAUUUGAGUCAAUAGAAGAGAAAAUUAAGAUAUGA